AUGAAUUACAGAUCAAUUAAGUAAUUGACUAUCAUGCCAAGAUUUUAUCAUCAACAAGAGAUAUUGAAGCCAUCCAAGAAAUUUGAAGUGAAACCCAAACCUUAUUGUGAGACCUUGCAUUUUUAGAGAGAGAAAAACAAAAGCAGACUUGAAUGGGUAUUUGGAACAGUCUUUGCAUUAUUCUAUUUCAUGAACAUUCAUGGGAAAGAAUUCAUUUACUUCCCCUGGUGUUAGCCAUCGAAACCAGAAUAAUUGUGA